GCAGAUGUGUCCCCCGUGGUGGCCGGGCUGUUGGGCGCCGCCGUCCUGGUGCURUCGGUGUCGCUGACGGUGUUGGUGUGGACGUGCUGUCACCGGGCGGCCUCCAAAAACCCCCAAACGCCGCCCUACAAAUUCAUCCACAUGCUGAAAGGCAUCAGCAUCUACCCCGAAACCCUGAGCAACAAGAAGAAAAUCCAGCGGAUCCGCCGCGAGAAAAACGGCAAAGACGACAACGGUGACGCCGAGUCCGGCCGUGCCACGACCGCGCCGCAGCUGGAGCAGCUCCCAGUUAAACCCGACUACCCCGAACUAAGCCCGGAUCAAAGCCUAACCCCCGCCGGCAGCAAAACCUCAUCUCCAUCCUCUCCGGGAGAUGAGGAGGAGGCGGCGCUGGGCGAGCUGAGCUUUUGGGUGGAUUACAACUUCCCCAAAAAAGCGCUGGUGGUCGGAAUCCAACGCGCGCGGGGGCUGCCGGCCAUGGACGAGAACUCCCAAAGCUCCGACCCCUACGUCAAAAUGACCAUCCUGCCYGACAAACGGCACCGCGUCAAAACCAGGGUGUUGAGGAAAACCUUGGAGCCGCUGUUUGACGAGACCUUCACCUUUUACGGGAUCCCCUACAGUCACCUGCAGGACCUGGCGCUGCAUUUCCUGGUGUUGAGCUUCGACCGGUUCUCCCGCGAUGAUGUGAUCGGGGAGGUGGUGGUGCCCUUGCUCGGGGUGGAUCCCAGCACUGGAAAGGUGCACAUCACCAGGGAUAUUGUCAAGAGGAACGUGCAGAAAUGCCUGAGCAGGGGCGAGCUGCAGGUGUCCCUGUCCUACCAGCCCGUGGCACAAAGGAUGACUGUGGUGGUGCUCAAAGCCCGGCACUUGCCCCGCAUGGACAUCAGCGGCCUCUCAG